AUGGCCUCCCAAAUCAAGUCGUCCGGUUACAUACUUCGGGACUCUGUUAAACUUUUCUACGAACGGGAGGGCACUAAUGGGUCUAGGACUAUUCUGUUCAUCCAUGGGUUUGGAGGGACCACGAAUGCCUUCCAACCGCUGGUUUCCAGCUUGCAGGAUUUCGAUUUAGUUCGCUUCGACUGGGCCGGUCAUGGCCGGAGUUCCGUACCGCAGAGUACGAGUAUCGAGUCAUACGUGGCAGACUGUGAGUCUGUCAUUGGCUACUUGGAGUUAAAAGAUAUUCUGGUUGUGAGCCACUCAUUCGGCGGGCUCAUCAGUUUUCAUCUUGCAGCAAAGAAACCGGAUAUUAUAAAAGGGGUUGUAACUUUCGGCCCCGUCAAACCGCCUCCUGAAGCUGGUCAGAUAGCACUCGCCACUCGCGCCGCUACAGUUCGAAGUGGGGGAGUUGGAGCAGUUGCUGACUUGGUAAUGUCAAAUGCGUUCUCGCCCAAGUCAUUGGUCAACCGGAAAGCAGAAGUAGCACUGGCCAGAGAAAUGCUUACGAGACAGGAUCCGGAAGGAUAUGCUUUGGCCUUGGAUGCUCUGGCAGGAAGCUCGGCGCCUGCCUGGAAACAAAUCAAGGCUAAUGUUCUUGUUAUAACUGGAGACGAAGAUAAGGUAUCUACGGCCACGACAGGAGCAGAUAUAGUGAAAGAUAUUGGAUCGAACGCCAAACAGGUAAUUUUCAAGGAUACGGGCCAUUGGCAUGUACUGGAGAGUACGGAUGAGUCUAUUAAGGUGAUCAUUUCGACUGCUAAAAAUAUUGCGUAG